AUGGUAGCGGAUGUCGCUUACACUAAUCUGAAUGUCACGCCGAUUGUGACAAGCAAAAUAUUACCUACCCAUGUGAAACCAAUUCAAUCAACGCGGCGGACGAGCAGCUUGACCCCGACUCUUACGUCGUCAUGCAGCUCUCAAACGUGUAACCGCAAGCGAGGCUACGAUAUUUCAUCGCUGUUGAACGACACUCCUUCCCACGAUCCGUCCGUUACGUACCGUUCAUCCAUCCCAACGAGCUCUGCCGGUCAAAAUCCGUUUCGUACUAAAUCUUGUCACAAUGAGCUGAUGGUGGACCGCAAGACUGGUCAGUAUCUGAAGAACGAUGAACUGCUUGAGGAUACUCGGCAUAUAUAG